UGAAAAUAUAGAAUAGCGAGGGGGUAAUUGGUGAGGUAGAAUGAAAUAUUGUAGUUAGAUAGAGAAAAUAAGAUAGAAGAUAGAUAAAGGUAGGAGCAAUAUGAUUGGUAGGAAAUGAAAGAGCAAGAUUGCGCGAGACAGGAAAUGUUUAUUGAGCGGUUGAGUGUUAUAAUACUCCCUUGAUUGUCUGACGUGGCAGUUGAGAUUGGAAAUCAAGCGCAUCAUCAAUCAUCAUCUAUGGCGGUGGCUGCACCAACCUCAGCUCUCUAUCUCCGACAUAUCUCCACCUUCCCUUCCUCCGUCCGUUAUCAACGCUCAUCCCUCACUCCCUCCAAUAAUAAACUUCCUCUAACCGUCAUCGCCAUGGCUCCCAAAAAUAAGGUGAACAAGUACAACGAUAACUGGAAGAAAGAAUGGUUCGGAGCGGGAAUAUUCUACGAAGGAAGCGAAGAAGUGAAAGUGGAUGUAUUCAAGAAACUUGAGAAGAGGAAAGUGUUGAGUAACGUCGAGAAAGCCGGCUUGUUAUCCAAAGCUGAGGAGUUUGGCGUCACGCUCUCUUCUAUUGAGAAGCUAGGCUUGUUUUCUAAAGCCGAAGAACUUGGCUUGCUCAGCUUACUCGAGACACUCGCCGCCGUUUCUCCUUCUGUUUUGGCUUCUGCGGCGCUUCCGACGCUUGUAGCCGCCGUUGCAACGCUCGUUCUUAUUCCUGACGAUUCUGCUAGUCUUGUUGUUGUUCAGAGUGUCGUCGCCGCUGCUCUUGGUGUUGGGGCUGUUGGCUUGUUUGCUGCCUCUGUUGUACUCGGCGGAUUGCAAGAAGCCGAUUGAAUUGAAUGAUUCAGUACACAACUUUUUAACCGUGGUUAUUGUUGUUGUAAUUACGUGGCAGUAAUUUCUUUACCCAAAACAUUUCAUUUAAGUAUUUAACGAUAAUAAUGGAUUAAUUCAUUUUGGAUUUAUGUAUCACUUUUCUUUGGACAA